GUAAAAUUUCAGUUCAGUUUGCGUCAAGCGCUCUUUUGAAGGAGCUCUAGAUGAAGGUGCAACUGGAAAAGUGUGCGGUUAUUUUCUGAAGCGGUGCGAAUGUUCGAAGCGAUUGCGAAUGAAUGUCGCCUUCAAGAAGUAAAUAGUGAUAGUGAUUCACGAGGUUAAAUCUGUUCGUGGUUUUCACAAUACGUAAAAGAGUGUUGAAGUGUUUCAAUAUGGAGAACUUCACUGUUCCUUUCCCAUCGAAUUGGACAGAUAAUUUCGGUUGGAAUUCAUUCAGCACAUCAAGAACCAUAACGAGACCAAAAAGUUCCACACCAACCUGGUAUGAGACUGGAAAGGUCCAGAUUCCUUUAUACUCCGUUAUUUUUAUGUUGGCAGUUGUGGGAAACACUCUGGUUAUUUUGACUUUGAUUCGAAAUCAACGAAUGAGGACGAUAACGAAUUUGUUUUUGCUCAAUUUAGCUGUAUCAGAUCUACUACUAGGAGUUCUCUGCAUGCCAUUCACUUUGAUUGGUGCUCUCCUGCGGGAUUUUGUAUUCGGAGAAGUUAUGUGUAAAUUGGUACCUUUCCUUCAAGCUUGUUCAGUUUCUGUGGGAGCAUGGACGCUGGUAGCGAUAUCCGUUGAAAGGUAUUAUGCCAUUUGUCAUCCACUUCGAUCGUUAAGAUGGCAAACCUCAAGCCACGCUUACAAACUAAUUGCAGCCAUCUGGAUGGGAAGCCUCAUUUGCAUGUCACCUAUCGCUUUACUCAGCCAGUUGAAACCAACAAAACAGGGUAAUCAUAAAUGCCGAGAGAGCUGGUUUUCCAAGAGGCAGGAAAGGGCAUACAAUAUUUUCCUUGACGGCAUCCUUCUCCUCAUUCCAUUACUUGUUAUGAUGACUACGUAUACACUGAUUGCCAGAACUUUGUACAAGGGAAUCAAAUCGGAGAAAGCAUUGAGAGAUAGAUGUGUUAACGGCGACAUGGAAGUUUUCCUACAUCAUAAAUCUACAAAAAAAACACUAAGCCAAAGGGACUCAAGUGCACAUUCCAGUUUGCGAAACAAUUCCCAAACCACGUCAACGCCGAAAAGAAACACCAAGAUAUUAAUGAGGAGUUUGACUUUGAGAAGAACAAACGCCGAUCGCAGUCUUCACAACAAAAAACGAGUCAUCAAAAUGUUAUUCGCAGUGGUCUUGGAGUUUUUUAUUUGCUGGACACCGCUAUACAUCAUCAAUACAGUAGCUUUGUUCGAUCCUUUCAUCAUUUAUAACGGCCUGGGCUACACAGCUAUAAGUUUCUUUCAGCUCUUAGCUUAUACUUCCAGCUGUUGCAACCCAAUAACUUACUGUUUCAUGAAUAGAGCUUUCCGAAAGACUUUUGUGAAUAUUUUUGGAUGUUUCUCUAAGUAUAACAAUGACCUAGUUGGAAGUGACAUCAAUAUGGUCACCAAAUUGGUCCAUAAGUUUCCUGAUCCAAACACCUAGGAGUUCGUUAUAUAAAUAUGGUUAUUCAAUAUUUGAAAUGGUUGGAAAUUUUUUAUAGAUGUUGACUAUGACCAUAUUUAUUGUAAGAUAUCAUUUUAAGAUUGGAGAUUCAAUCUGUAGGUGCGCAAAUGUUAUCAGGCACGCUCAAUUUUGAUGAGUUUCUUGGAUGAAUAUUGAAAGAAGAGAUCUCGAGAGAAAUUGGAGAUAAAAGAAAACAAAUGCCACAGUAGCCAGUAAAAAUUCUUUCAUACUGUGGCGGUAAUCAUCCGUCAUAAAAUCUUUUUGAAAUUACUAUUCUAUACUCGAGAGGAUAGUCGAUACAUAUAAAAAUAUAUACAAAUUCCAGAAAAAAAAAUUCAAAAAAUAUUCAAUUACGUGUUUCACAAAACUUCAGUCGAUCAGAUAACUUGCUGCUUUUAGUUUUGUCUAAAGUAUAACUGAACGCAGAAAUGAUUUGAUCACAUAAAUAAAAGUAUUGUGAAACAUAUUAUAAGAUCAUCUCAGCAAUCUGAUGAAUUUUAUAGAAAAGCAUUAUUUACCUACUAAAUUGAACUGUCUGGAUGUUGAAAAUAUACAUUGAUGUACGUUUCUUGAAUCAAAGAAUAAAAUGUAAUGUUUCUUUGUCUGUGAUAUAAUUAUGGUCAACACCAUAUUGAAUAUGAAAUAAUUCCGGUUUUCUGUGAACUUGAUAUUAUACUUGAAAGCUGAAGUAUACCUUUGUACUAUGACUACAACCAUCUUUACUAAAGCCCUUUUCAAACGAUGUCAUGAAAGUUUGAUAUCUUCCUGCAUAUGAUUUCAUGUAUCCAUCAUAGAUAUAAUUGAAGUCAAACGAUGAUCUAGUUGGCUUAUAACAAAAUAGUUGUCAUAUUGACAUUUCAAAGUGUUGGAAAUAUAUCUUUUCUACUACCAGUUCUUCAGUUAAUUCCACGAAUAUAUCAUUUAGUCAAACACUUCAGCUUCCAAGUGGUAAUCAGCAACUAAUUUUCAUGUAUUUGAUCCUUAAAGUUGAUGAGUACCUCAAAAAAAGUUUUCAACUAUAACCCCUAUAAUUUCUAUUAGUACUGGUACCCAUUCGAAUCGAUCAUGUAAUUUCGGGAAUAAAAACAAUUUAUUUGUCGUUCAUCUGACGCAAUUUCUAUAAUUUCAAUAAAUAAUCUACUUUUCUCAAAUCUUCGAGAAGAAAGUGUAAUUUUUAUAAAAAAAAAUGAAAUCUGGCCAUCAAUUCCAUUCAGGAACAUUACCGAGCAAGCAAGAGACAAACAAAUCGAAAGUUUGAAUUGACGAUUGUACAAUGUAUCUAUACCUUCUUAUAUGAUAAACGCCACAUUUUUCCUCUUUUCAAAACAAUGAAGACCAGAUGAAAUGUACAAACUAAAUUAUACAUCUGAUCUAUGUAAUACAAUAAUACACAUUUAUUGAUUUCUGAGAGGAACUGUUGGAAUUCUGAGGAUUCAAAAUUCAUAUCAAUCAAGAGCUUGAUAAUGUUUAUGUUUCAGAGAUUUUUUCAAGAUAUAAUUAAAACUAAUUACCUAACUGUAUUAUAUUUUUAUAUUUUGCAUGUGUGGUUUCUGAUCAAAUAAAUGUUA